AUGAAACCCAGCAUACGAUGUGCCAGACAUCACUGUCGUACGAUUUACAACCCAGUCACUUAUAACCUGCAACGCUCAUACAACUCAUUACCAUUCAAGCCAAAAGCAUUGUUUUAUCCACAUUCUAGUAAUAAUAUCCAAAGAGUAUCACAUGAACUACAAAUUUUGAAAGAUAUAGAUCCAAGCAUUCAAGUUGUCACUGCAAGUAUUGAUAUGAAAUAUAAGGAUGCGAUUGGUGAAGCAUGGUUUGAUAAACCAAUAAAUAUCAACUCAUACAGACGGUAUAAAGAUGUUGAGAGUGAGAUCAGUACUGCUUUUGAUCAUUUUAGAAUGGUUAUUCACAAAAAGAAGAUUGAUCUUUCAUUUAUUCAUAUGUUUUUAGAAGAACAGAUUGUCAAUAUGUAUGUCAAAGAACCACAUGGUGAAUUUGGUAACCUUUUAACACAACUUGAAGUUGAAUUACCAUUUGAUGAGAAUGAAACAACUUAUACAUCAAAAUCACAAUAUAAGGCUAUUUCUGGGAAAUUAAAAGUGAAUGAAAUUUCUGAAGAAGAUUAUUUAAUAAAAAAGUUGAGUGGAUUUAAUGCUGGUGCAUUAUUUGAAAAACUAAAAGACAAAACAGAAUUAAUGGGUAAAGAUUAUAAAUAUUUACUUGAGGUUAAUGAAAAUGGUAAAAGAAAUAGAGUAAGGGUUCAUGAUGAACAUUUUGGUGAAGAAGACUUGGGGAUAUUGAUAGAUUCACCACCGCCAGCAGUGGGGACAAAUUGUCAAUUAUAUCAACUUUGUAUGGAUGAUUUAUAUACACCAGUGAUAUUUAAUGGUCUUUUAAUUGAAAAAUAUCACAAGAAGAAUCAUAAACAUUUUUUAAGAGAUGAUGUAAUCGUGGAAAAUGUUUUAAAUUUGGGUGCUACUAGUGGGUUUAUGGUUGAUGAUAGACAAUAUAUUGGUUUUGGUGAUCAUGUUAAAAUUGAAGCCAUUGAUCAAUAG